AUGGGUGCUGGGGCCGUGGAGACGGUCCGGCCGGGAUGGGUGCCCAGCAGCGCCCCGGCACUGCGGGAGGCGGCCGAGGAGGAGCCGGUGUCGCGGCCCGUGCUCACCGGCCUCAGCACGCAGAGCCCCCCGCCCGGCAGCGUCGUGAGCCGCGCGGACACCGUCGUGAGCCUCGUGAACAUGGUGGAGCAGGACCGGGACGUGUCGUGGCCCAAGCCCUACUGGAAGGAGCUUCGCUUCGACCUGGCGCAGAUGCCCCCGGGCGAGACGGUGACGGCCGCCGAGCUCCGCAUCUACAAGGCGCGCGGCGGCAGCCGCCCCGCCAACGGCACCCUCCGCGUCCGCGUCUACGAGGUGCCCGCCGAGCUGCCCAGCAGGGAAUCGGAGUUAUCCCUGCUGGACGUGCAGGACCUGCAGGCCGGCGCUGAGGGCUGGCUGGUCUUUGACGUCACGGCCGCCGGCAACCGCUGGUUCGGGGGGCGCCGGCACAACGUGGGGCUGCGGCUCUACGUGGAGACGGAGCAGGGGCUCAGCGUGGAGCCGGCGCUGGCCGGGCUGCUGGGGCGCCGCGGGCCCCGCUCCAAGCAGCCCUUCGUCGUGACCUUCUCGCGGGCGAGCGGCGGCACCGCGCGCCUGCCCCGCGCCGCCGCCAAGCGCAGGAGGCAGCCCAAGAGGAGCAACGAGCUGCCGCACCCCAACAAGCUGCCGGGGAUAUUCGAUGAUGGCCACGCCGCCGCCGACGGCAGGCAGGUCUGCCGGCGCCACGAGCUCUAUGUCAGCUUCCAGGACCUGGGCUGGCUGGACUGGGUGAUCGCCCCACAGGGCUACUCAGCCUUCUACUGUGCGGGCGAGUGCGCCUUCCCGCUGGCCUCCUGCAUGAACGCCACCAACCACGCCAUCCUGCAGUCCCUGGUGCACCUGAUGAAGCCCGACGCGGUGCCCAAGGCCUGCUGUGCCCCCACCAAGCUCAGCGCCACCUCCGUCCUCUACUACGACAGCAACAACAACGUCAUCCUCAAGAAGCACCGCAACAUGGUGGUGAAAUCCUGCGGCUGCCACUGAGCCCCCUUGCAACCCUCGUCCGCAACGUGGAUGUAAAUAAUAUAAGAUUUUUAUUCUCUUACUGCACUUAACGAGACAUAUAUUUUAUA